AUUGCUCACGAUGGCACACAGUCGUGCAACCAGAAACUGCUAGGAGUGUAUUACUACUGAUGUUGCUGCCGGCCGAACACUCGGAGUACUAAUAGGCUGAUUGACAACGUCGGAAACUUAUCCCCUCUUCCAGUACGUUUUCGCCAUGGCCACUAACAUCACCUUCCACGCCGGUUCGGUCGAUGUGCAGGAGCGUGUUGAUCUUCUCAAGCAACGGGGCGUCACCAUCUGGCUGACUGGGCUGAGCGCGAGCGGAAAGUCGACGAUUGCGUGCGCGCUCGAGCAGCACCUCCUCCACCGUCACAAGUUCACGUACCGCCUCGACGGGGACAACGUCCGGUUCGGGCUCAACAAGGAUCUUGGCUUCGACGAGAAGUCGCGGGUCGAGAACAUCAGACGCAUCGGGGAGGUGUCGAAGCUGUUCGCCGAUGCUGCGUGUGUCACCGUGACCGCGUUCAUCUCGCCCUACAUCGCCGAUCGCAAGGUCGCACGCGAGCUCCACGAGAAGGCGAACCUCGGGUUCAUCGAGGUCUUCGUCGAUGCACCCCUCAGCGUCGUCGAGCAGCGCGAUCCCAAGGGCCUCUACAAGAAGGCCCGCGCCGGCGAGAUCAAGGACUUCACCGGCGUCUCCGCCCCGUACGAAGCACCCGAAAGCCCCGAGAUUCACAUUCGGACGGACGAGUGCGACGUAACGGGCGCUGUCCAGAAGAUCGUCGAGUACCUCACCCAACACGGCUACAUCUCAUAAGGAAAACUUUUUCUUGCUUGCAUUUACCCCACACGGUGUAUACCUCAUAGAUCUAGUAUUGUAGAAUAGCUUCAUGUCACAAUACCAAACGUCAUACACAAAUACUAUAACAGUACACCAAAUCCUCUG